GUAAUCCCCGGGUAAUGCCUAAUGCCCGUGCCCUGGGGGUUGGGGGGGCAGAGGGGGUCUGCCCCUCCCGGAGUUCCCCCUCUGGGCCGAGCUGAUGGGGAAAUAAAGCUGCUGAUGCGCGAGAUGGCCCAUAUGGUGCCUCCAGGAGAGGAGCCGGAACGGCCUUGAACCUGCCGGACCCGGCAGCUGGUUGCUGCCCCCGCCCCGGGCUCGCCCCCCCCGGCUUGGCGGGCGCACGGGCAUCCCCCGGAUAAGCGGGGGCCCUGCGCCCCACCCCACCCCCGCUCGUUGGUGGCGGCUUUUGCCCGCCACCCCCAUACCCGGCUACCCACCGGGACGUGUUUAUGUGUGUUACCGUGCGAGCAGCUGACUGCCAGGAGAAUAACACCGAGGGUGGGAGGCACUAAUGGUGCGGGGGGGCUGGAGGAGGGGCAGGGUUUCAGGGGACACACGCUCCGGGGGGAGCAGCCCCCGCGCUCGGGCUCUGCCCGCCUGCGGCCGCGCUCGCCGGGCUCCGGCAGGAGGGUGCAGUUGGAGGGAGUUAACACGCGGGCACCUAAAAAAGCAGCGAUGUAGUUCUGGCACUGACCAUUUUCAGUUCUCUCUCCCUGCCAUAUGUUUGGAAGGGGAAAUAAAAGGCAAUUUGGGAAAGAUGCUCUCAGCUAAAGGGAGGAGGUGGGCUGAGGGAGCGAGAUAGGAGGAAAUUCCAUGUUAGGAAAGCAUUAGCAAGGGGUAACUUCUAAUGUUUUCCUGCCACUGACGUUGACAGUGACACACAUGUGUGGGUUGAAAUUGGAACGUCACUGAGUUUUUAAACUCAACCAGGAAAUUGUCUGUUGCUCAGGGAUAAAAAACAAAUACUAUAUAUUGUAAGGCAGGUAACAUGCAGUUAACAGCUCCUUUCAAGGCAGUCAAAAGCUGUUUAAUGUUUAGAAUUGAGCGACUCAAAUUUAAUUUAGCUUUUUAUUUUCAGAGGGUUGGUGUGGUGGUUUUGUUUGUUUGUUUGUUUUUUGUUUGUUUGGUGGGGUUUUUUUAAGUUGAGGUUUUUCAUCUCUAUUUUUAAUCCUUUUAACCGAUACUUCAGAAUCAGAAAAGCAAAUAUUGACAGGGCUUCAGUUUUAGUCCCUUGUAACUAAGUAGUUCAAACUUGCAAAGUCUUGGACUUUUUAAAGCUGAGGUAGUUGUUAAAGGGUUUUGAGGGGCACUAGUUAUUGCCAGAGGCAGUUAUAUUUUUAAAAAUUCUUUUGUAUGGCUUCCUGUUACACAGGUAGAAUUGUUCUAUAAAUACAAUGUGUUUGGUUUUGUUUUUUUCACUGAUCUUGUUACAAAUGUUACAAUGUGGUAGCAUUCAGAGAUUUAAAAUGGGAUUAGGGAGCUAUUGUGCCAGAUGCUUUCUGAACAUGCAGGAAAUUUACCACCAGAGUUUGUGAUCCAAGGUGUCACUCUGACACUCUUGCCAUUGCUUAAAUGGUUACUAAGCUGCCUGGAUGCAAUGGUAGAACAGCGAUCGACUUAGGAACUGCCUUCUUGGGAGAAACAAAAGUUAGGAAGGCAGAAGGUAACACAAGGGCAAGGAUAACAGUAAGUAAAAUCCCUGAGUCGUCCUGUAGGUUAAGUACAGUGCAACUCACUGGUUCCCAGUCAUUUAAUCAAUAAAUGUUCUAUGUUACUUGCUACUCUGAUGAAAGUUGCCUUAAAAUAACUUUUAUGAGCAUGUAACCAUUGGAAAGUGAAGUAAAUCUUGCAGAAGCUGUGACACAUGGAUUUAUCCAAACUGGGGGAUGGAGUAAUAGAAGGUUGUCUGAGCUCCUUAAAUAGGGAAAAAGGCAAAAUCCCCAGGUUUUCAUUGUUCCCUCAUUCUGGCUCUUUCUCAGUGUCAGCAUUUUUCAACAUUUAGGUGAAGGUGACUGUAAGUUACAAUUCAUUAGUAAUUGGUAUGGUCUCCAAAUAAAGAUAGCUAAAUCAGUUUAAAUGAUGCUGGCACCUCUCCAAGGAUCCCUCUAUAUCUGACACAUUUGCCACUCACUUCUUCAAGGAACAAUUCAUAUGCUACACUGCUAUUUUUUUCUCUAUGGGAAGAGCAGUAGUGUAACUCAUUACGAAGGCUUUCUACCUGAUGUUCAAGUUUGACUUGCUGUCUUAAAACAAACAAACAAAAAACUGAGAGAGAGAAUUUUGAACUGAAGGAAGCAGAAGACACACCAAGGCUUUGCAUUGAACUGUUUUAUAUCAAUAUUGAUUUUUUAAGGGGGUUUGUGUUAUAAAGAGGGAGCUUUUAUCCCCCUGAGCUCUUUGGCAAUUAUCUUUCUGCCAUAAAUGUUGAUACGCACAUAAUGGAUGUAACUAAAAAAUCUCCUUAUCCCAGCAGAAAAGGCUGACUGUUUGUUGGAGCAGAGAGAAUGCUGAGAGUGUGAAUAGACAAACCCAUAUGUCGCUGGUGAGAGAGAUAAAUGAUGGACGAACAGGAGCUGGUUACUAUGGAUCAGCACAAUAAACCAAUUCCCAUCAUACACCUCUCUUAAUAAUAUACCAGUUUCAAUGCCAUUGACGGGUAACCUAGGUAGCACCAGUCAACUGUAAGUUUUUCAACUGUUCUUUUAUACAUCUCAAAGAACAGUUGGGACUGUUCUAAUUUUUUCAGAUGUUGAGUGCUAAAAUUAUGCAGAACUUCCUUCCUUGCCAGUAAUUUUGAAGGGGAACUUCAGAGCAUUGCUGUGAAAUGCCAAAUGUGCACAAUACUGUUGUGUGCUUAUAGUCAGUUUUGUUUUGUUUUGUUUAACCUGUAAAAGGGAUGCACUCGAAAAGCAGAUGCUUAACAAAUAUGUGAAGAAACCUUUAGGCGUUUAUUGCUACUCUCAUUAGUGUUGUUUCAGAUGGGACCAGACAUUGUUUUAAGUGAAAAUAACAAAAUAACAAUGCUGUGUUUAAAAGAAAAAACAGCCCUGCAGAAUAGGCAGUGAUCAAUAACACAGUUUUUGACUUUCUAUAACCCAUUUUAGGGCUUCCAGCAGCUGAAGGAAAACUUUGCAAAGCAGUCUGUACUUGCAUCACCGUCUCCUUCCUGUGUUCUUUAUUAUUACUGCUAGUGUUUUGUGCAGAAAAUUGAAGUCUUUGUCAGUUAAAGGUUUCACUUUAUGUCCUUCUCUUCUGCUGGAUAUUUUUCAUUGCAGUUGCUAUGAACCAGCCUGUUAGCUCUGUGCAAAAUGAAAGUAUAUCUCAGGUUGACAGCAUAAGCAGGGUUCAUGGUUCUUGGGAUAUGACUCCAUCAUUUUUGAAGUCACCAGUUGCUCUACCAGAAAGUGAUGCAGCCAGAGAUGGAUAACUAGUAAAUGCAAAUGAGCUAUGAAGAGUCUUUAUUCCUCUAAGGAAGCCUCAUCACUAAUAAUAAUUUUCUUUUUCUAAAUGAAAGAAAGUGUACUAGUAAGUCAUUACUUCCCUUCAAGAGAAAAAUACUUAUUUUGUACAGCACCUACUUGCAAAGUUAUAGUAGCUCUUUUUAGAUCUGUUUACUUUGGUGUGUGUCUCAGAUGAGCUUAAGGGUGUUUGUAGGCCAGGCUGUAGGACAGUACACCGGUCUUUCUCCUUUCAGGGGCCAAAUCUAGCAGUACUUUUUCAUUUUAUAGGGAAUGAGACUCAGAUUUGAUAGGGAAAGGGUGUGGGUAUGUGCUUCCAAACUGCUUCUUUUCACCUCUUGGAGGAAACGAGAUGGAAAUGUAGCAGAGCAAAAGAUUUUGUCUCCACUGGCUGGAUUUUAGCAGCCCCUUUGCUGCUGUGCAGGAAGAGUUGUGCCCAAAGGCUAGAGCAGGGAAAAGAACCAUGGGUUUCCUUCCUCCCCUCUCUCCCAGCUGGCUGGACUGGCCGGGGGAUGCAGGCUGUGCCCAUGGGGCCAGUGAAGGGCCGGGGGGGCCACAUGUGGUGACGCAGUGGGUGCAGGAUUUUGUAUGGCCCUUUACUCCAAGUGCUGCCUCAUCGCAGCAAUGAACCCUUGGUAAGUGCUGACCCAAGGAAAGGGCUGCUGCUCUUGGGCGGAUGCCGCACUGACCAAAAUUGCUCUUUGGCAAUUGGUGACCAGGCUGAGGAGAGGGAAAAGCAGAAUUCAUCAUUGUAAAAAGAGAGACAUCGUAUUGUGACUUGUUGAAAUCUGCUCUGCUUUCCCCUGCAAGGGACUUGGCAGUUUUAUUGAUAACGAAGUGUUACAUAAGUACCCCAUCAGGCAUGUCCUAAUUUGUUAAUAAUUGAUGAUCUGGGUAGCACAGAAAUACCAGUGGUGUUAAUGCACUCCCACACUAACCUGCAAUCUCUGCAAGCCCCAUGUUUUGCUUUGAAUUUAAUUGGAAUAUAAGCAUUCUUCCUUUUAUUUUCCUUUUCAAUUUACCUGGUGAUUCAACCACAGCUGCCUGUCGUGCUUCCCUGUUCAGGCAGGGACAGCUGGGGGCUCAGCCUGGCGCAGACAUGAUAUAGAUUACCUCUGCAGGGGAGGGUGUUAACUACGUUAUUGUUUCACCCCAUGUCAGGCGAUCUACCGAGUGGCAUCAGUUUGAGCCCAGGGGAAAGCCAGUUUUUUGCACCUUCCACCUUUGGAGGUGAAGUGUAAGUCCCGUGGGAUGGAUGCAGUGGUGCCUCUGCAAUUCCUGAACCAGGAUUCGUCAGUACAGAGAAGCCAGGGCGCUUUUUGCACAGCACAGAGCAAGCACUCUUCCAUUUUUUCUCUUCUCAUAACAGGUUGUAUUUGUAGCUACCGGCUACUUUUGUCGUGCCACAGAUAGAGUGAUCGGAAAAAAUAUUUAUGUCUGUUGACACGCACAAAAAAGAAAUACUCACUUGAUAUCGUCACUGUGAUCUGGCUGCCUCUUUUGUAUUGCAUUGUUUUUCUUUUGCAUUUCUGUGGAAGUUUAUUUUUCUCUAGAAUUUAGUACCUCAGGACUCUGAGCAGGUUCAGGAGUUAUAUCUACCUCAGACAUACCUAUUUAUUGUUUUCAGAAUAACACAGCACAUUUACUCUGUUGUGGGCACUGAAACCCAUUACCUGCAUUAAAAUCAGAAGCAGCAAGGUAACUUUCUAGUUAUGUUGUGAAAUAUAAUGGCAUUGUUCGCUUUUAUUAACAUCUCGAGGUUGAUUAUACGGUGGUAAGAAGCCUGUUCUGCUGUGCAAAAGCCUGUCUUUAAUUUCAAGUGGUUGAUCCUGAUCAGGCAGUUAGAGCGGCUGCAGCAACAAUUGCUUGGAGCUCGAAAUCACAUUUGUCACAAGAUCUGCCCGGUAGUACUGGCUGCUUGAAGACUUACUCCGACUUUUCAGAGUUACCCUUUGGUUGGAUUGCAGUGGUGGGGGACUUGCCAAUCUUUCCUGUUCUUUGUGCCUGAUUCUGAAAGACUGGCAAGCUUUAUGCUAUGUUUUCUGAAGAGGGCCCAGCUUUACGAAGCUGCCUGUCUGUCAGGGAUUAAUUUAACCUCUAAUUACUACAUUUUCUUCACAGUUUGCUGCACAUGAGCGUGUUAUAACAAAAGCACAAAGAAGAAUGUCAUUUUAUUUAGCCACUACUCUGAAAUUAAUUUAGGGGGUAUAGAGUCAGAUCUGACACACUUGGUGUUAAAAUAAUUGUACUGACGUUAGAAUUAAAGUACAUAAUCUUGUUGUUUCUAAUGAUACAACAGUACUAGUGUAAAUAGUGUUGUUAACUCGUUAGUCAUUGCCACAGUAAUAGGAAUGAUACCUAGAAAUAUUCAAACAAGAAUGGCAGCAAAGGUUUCCCCAAAAUAAUUAAUGGUUUCCCCAAAAGAGUGCAUGGUUUCUGCUUGAUUCCCAUCCACCAUUUGGUUUUAGGAUUACAUGUCUAAGAGUUGUUUGUUGUUUUUUCUAAAAGGGUCUUCCAAAUUGCAAUAAACAAACAUUUUCAAUGUCUUGGGUUUCUUCCAGCCUGGAUAAUAUGUUUUUGUUUGGUUGGUUUUUUGGUUGGUUUUUUUUUGUUUUUUUUUUUUUAAAAAACAUGCAGCAUCUUGGGAACAGUACAAAAGGCCAUAUGUCCUCUUCUGCCUGCUCACACUGACAUCAGUGAUGCAGCAGUUCACUGAGAGUAGUGGGUAGUCUUGAAGGAAGGGAGUGAGUCUGUUUCUGUUAUGAGACAUAGGGUCACUUUCUUCUUUUACAUUUCUGUGCUCUGUAAUAUUUACAACAAAGGUGUGUUUUGUUUUGUUUUUUUUCCUCUGGCAAGUUUUGUAUUGGGAAAUGCAGUCUAUCUCCAGUUUAGGUAAAUGCAGUUAAAAGCACUGCUGUUGUUACAUGGUAAGUUCUCAGUAGCUGCCUCUGCGUCCGUCACCUCUGAGCAGGUUUGUUGAAAUGACUUUGAAAAUGUAAUUUCUCACAUAGAGUUUGGUCUGCAGAAUUACUGGUUAUGAUACUGACGAUUUAUUUCUAGUGGAAACAGAAGGUUGAUUGCAUAUUUUUGUGUCAUGCCUUCAAGUUAUAAAGCAUGGGCCAAGCUCAGUAAUUCUCCUUCAGUAGAAACUGUAACUGCAUUUGAUGGGAAACUUUCCCCAAAGAUUCCCCAAGGUCAGAUAGGACACAGUUACGGAGUCAAAUCUUGUAGCCCCUUUCGCAAAAGGAGAAUUAAUGUAGCAUCGUUAUCCAGGCUUGUGACAACAGUGACACAGGAUUGCCAAAAUGACUAAUGGAAGGAGAUGGAUGAUUGAUUCUCUUUGUAGUAGUGGAUCAGGUUACUCCUCUGAAUUCUUUCUUCAUUUCUCUCAAUUCCCAAACUGCAACCAGUUAUUGUGAUUAUUUACUCUAAUAACUUCCAAUCUACAAGUAAAUUGAACAUAAAUUAAGAUCAACUGAUGUAAAGGAUGGGAUGGUUCACUGAGCUGACAAUAAGGUAUGGAGACACUUCUGCUGAUCAGUCGUUACACAGGAUGGCUGUUUUCUGUCUGUGUGGAGGGGGCUGGAAGCCCCUGCUCUUUUUUUUGUGGAUGUGAGUUUUCACAUAACAAACUGGAGAUUUCCUAAGGUAGAAUCCAACCCCAAAUAAUGCCUGCUCUAAUUUUAAAACUGUCAGACUUUUUUUUUUUCAGAGGGUUUGAAUACCUGUACCCCACAGGCCUCCAGACAUGGAGGCAAUUUUUGGAGUAAAUAGUUCCCAGAUUCUUACUUGUCCAUUGUAAAAUGGGAAUAGUAGUGCUUUACCUUAAGGGAUAUUUAGUGUGAAAGUUAGCUAUUUAAAUAUUUUGGAAAUCAUAAGUGCUUGUUACUAGCUGAUGUCUUUAGGGACUAUUCACACAGUUGGAAAUUAUAUUAAAAAUAAAGUCAGGUACAUCUUACUCUAACAGCAUCUCAGUGUGAAUGAUAGUUGAUUUCUUUGCUCUGACUGUAAUGCCAAUGCAAGUGGGUAUUUUCCCUCCUGACAUCACAUCAUAGUAUCUUGCUUUUGCUGGAACUUCAGAAUUUGAUAUAGGGGAAAAGAAAAUAUUUAAAGAAAAAAAAGUGGCAUAUACUCUCAGGGAUGUAUUUUAACGUUUCAUUCUCAGCUACAGAUCUUCACAGGUUAAGUUCUGGGCAAAGACAAACAAAUGGAUAUUAUAUAAAGACAUUUGUCACACACAGUUUCACUCACACACAAGAAGCUUUUCCCCCCAUACAUUAGUAUGUAACAUUUAGUGUGUAAACAUUUUCAUUAGUUUAAGGAUAAUUAGGCAACACUCAUUUCUUGUGGUUAUUGGAAUGGAUACUGAGUAUAAUUUCAUUUUGUUUUGACUAGUUACUUUAAAUCUUUCUAGGAUUCUCACCGUUUUAAAUCUAUAUACAGAAAUAAUUUCUGAAUUCAUCCAGUAUCUCAGUAACCCAGUAGAUCAUGCUGAUGAGCAGGUACUUCUAAGGACUCCACUUUUCCUGUUCCUUUAACUUAUUUUCUUAAUUAACUGCGUUGAUUUAAAGUCACACAAACUGAAAAAACCCCCAAGUAUAUACAAUCCUGCAGUCAGAAGUACAGGCAAAAGGUUUUGAUCUCUGACUGCCAAAUGGUGACUCAUUAAAAAGAAAUUUUGUUCCUCCCUUUUCAAAGAGUUACUUACUACCAUGCAGUAAAUAUCUAGUUUUGAUGCUACUGCAUUGAAAUGCCUGACAUUGUUGGUGUGUUAAGUCCAAACUCUGUGAGAUCAUUUGAUUACAGGCUCCAUGAGGUUUUGUUUUGUUGUUUUUCUCUAUAAAAACAAGCAAACAAAAAAGUUGGGUGAUGUUCUUCAAGCUUUACCCUGCCUGUUUGAGUAUAGUCUAAAAUGAAACAUGUUUGGAUUUUAAUAACCUUUCCAUACUUCAAGCAGUGGAUCAUUCAAUGUAUUUUUAAGCACACAGUAGCAUGCAAGCACUAAUUUGUUUAUAAUUGUGCAUUGGGUAACAUUAGACAAGGAGAUUGGAAUUUGUCUAAAUAAAAAAAAUUCUCUUUGUCUUCCACAUCAAGGGUUGCGUGUAAGCAUUUUCUAAUGUGGCAUUGCAUAAAGCUGAAAAUUAUACUGAAGAGACACAGUCAAGAUCCAACCAAAGGCAUGCCCCUUUUCUCAAUUUCCAUAUUAAUCUUGACUCUUCGAGCCAUCUCCUUUGUUUUCUUGUUCUUACCUAUUCUACACAUUUGAUGGAAGGGCACAAAGGUGUGUUUGAAUCCUCUAUCUCAUCUCAUCUCAUCUCCCUGUUUAUGGAUUGGUUGGUUUGAACUUCACAUAGUGUUGGAAGGAUGUUUUCUUGUUUGCAGCAGCACUUGUAUUUGACUUGAAGCAGAAGGAAAGUGUGUUCGGGCUUUUCAGUCUUUAUGAGAAGUGAAUCUUGGUCCCUGAUCCCAGAAGGUAGAUCAGCCUUAAUUUCAAGUGAAAGUGCUGCAUCUUCAAAUAACUUCCCGUGUCAGUUAAAGUUCAAUAUUCUUGAAUUCCAGAAAUAUAGAUGAAUUAAAUCUAAAGUUUAGGGCAAGUGUGAAGGAUGUAAGAUAAAAUGUAGAUGUUUCUUCUGAUGCCUCCCUCCCCUUCAGGGCUCCUACUGCCUGUCAGCUGUAAUCGAGUGAUUUGAUUGCUUUGUAGUGUUAAGCUAAAAGAAUAAAUCUAAGUGCCUUGGGAAUGGGGAACCAAUGCAACAAUCAAAACCAAACAAGUUAAUAAAUGUGAAGCGUUUCUGCAUGGUGCUGCUCCAGAAGUGCUACUUCCAGAAAUGCUUGGGGGCAUUAGUGGACCAGUCAGUUAGUGUAAGAAUGUUCAUCCCUAAUUGGAUGCUGAGGGGUGCACUCUGUGUUUUGAAGAAGUAUGUGUCUUCUGUUGGUUCUAAAUUAUGGAAGUCUUGAGUGUCGCAGGAUGAACUGUUUGUUGCUCACCUUCUUGCUUCCUGCUCACUCUAACAUAUCUGGAAAAAGCUUGACUUGGGUAGACAUGAUUGUCCUUUCUUUAAAAUCAAUCUGGCUCUACACAUCUUCUACAAAUUCUUUUUUUUCCCUCUUGACAGCUCUUCUCUCCCCACACCCAAGCCCCCCAAAAUCUGGCCAGAUAUAGAGCAUUUGAGUGACUGAACACUGAGGCAGUUUUAAACCCAAAUUAGACACUUGGACUAUUUUCCGAUGCCCAUGUGCCAGGCUACGUACAGUCUGGAGUCACUUGUAAGGACAACACAGAUAAAAGUGGUGUGAGAUAGAGCAGCAGUGUGGUAUUCUGUUGUGUAAGAAAACCCCUUCUUCUUGCCUGCAUGGAACUGAUUUUGGAUGUUUGUGCUCAUGCGGAUAAGGUAUGAGUUAAUUACUUGAAGUCUUACGCCAGCCUCUAGCUUUAAUUUUAUCAUAUCUAAGAAUAGCAGCAAUGGUGAACUACCAGACAAAUAACUGAUUCUCACUCUCCAUGAGUUCUCCCUUUGGAGCAUCUAUAUUGGUAUCUACAUGUCUUAUUUCAGGAGUUAGAAUGGUGACCCACUUUGUAGCCUUCAUCUAGUCCAGUGAACAUCCCUUCUUUUGGCAUUUGCACUGGGAGCAGAAUAGGCCUUCGUAAAAGGGCUGUGGAAAACUUACCAUCAAAUGGUUUGCCAUCUGCUACCCAAAACGUAGUGAAGCAAACUGUUACACUUUGUGUGGAGCUUAGGGCUUGAUUAACUUAAAUUACCCUCCUGUUGUACAUGUUUGUGAUGCCGAGGGAAUUAGGCAGCAUGUAUUUUCAAGAAAUAUACGUUCAUUAUUAAGAAGGUUAAGCAAUAACAUCCAGUGGUCAUUUCCUUUUGGAGCCUAGCUCUGUCUCUGUAGUGUAAUUUGUUUGUUUAUGCAUACCGCUGAAUCCUGGAGAGGAGGUGGACCAGGUCUGCCGGCGUGAGUUGAGCUGCUCUGUGGCACUGGCUGCCCUGGCUGUGCCGGCUGGUGCUGCCCGAGCCACUGAUGGAGAGACAGAGACCUCGGGUGUAGAGAUGAAGCGGUCCAAAGUACGAGGAGGCGAUGUUACAGGGAUCCAUUAAAAGAAAACUGGAAGAUGAUAGCUCUCCGGCCUCUGGUGGCGUGCCUGAUGUCAUUUUCCCGAACGACAGUAAAAGACUUUGUCUUGAUGAUGUGAACCUUGCCAUGGGCCAAGGUGCCAAUCCCAAUGUGGCAUGUCCAGACAUACAAAGUUCUCCAUUCUCCACCAGUCACAGCUCUUCUUCCCUGGGUGUCACAGGUCAUUCAGUGCUCCUUGAAAAUAAUCACAUGAAUGGUGGUGGCAUUGGUUCCCCAUUUUCAGUGCCACCCAACACGGAAAUAAAUCAGAAGGCAUCAAUAGGAGGGCAAAACAAUAACAUCGUCCACUAUGAUGAGAAAGGAAACAGCUUACAGUCUGUGGACCAGGAGCUGCAAGAUCUGUUGGAAGAGCUGACAAAAAUGCCUGAUCCUUCACCCAGUGACCUGGAUCUGGAGAAGAUUUUGUGCAGCAAGGCUGAAGAGCCACUUGGGCUGAGUCAUUCUCAACCAAGCAUAAGCACUCCUCCGAAGUCCUCCCCACAGACUUCCCACUUGGAGAACCAUGUUGCUAACAAGGAUUUUUCUCCAGGCUGCAAUCCAGCCAGUGGAGGAUCUCCUCAGAUGAGGCCAUCGUCUGCUGGAGCUAACUUCCAAGUUCCUCCCUCAAACAAACCUGCUGCAUCACCCAUUUCUACAGCCGCUCAGGGCAAGAACCAGCCACCACCUAUGCUUCCAGUCCCCUUACCCAACAUACCUGGCUCCAACUGGCAUGCUCAGCAGCUAAAGCAGCUGGCAGCAAGCAAGCAGGUGUCUACUACUAAGCAACCAGUGCAGGCUUCCAGCUGGCCAGCUAUGUCUCCUCCUGGUCUCUCUCCGCCUUACAGGACAGGAUCAUCCCCACACCAUCAACCUUUCAGUCCUCAAAAUGUUAUGGUGUCUGGCAUGCCUGCUAAUAAUUUACCAGGAAACAACAUUCAAAGUCCUCAAAACACUCUGCUUUCAAGCAUGACUUCCAACAGCACCGCAUCCAAUGGCCCCUCUCCUCCUUAUGGGUCUGAGAAGCUUUCCAGUCCAGCUCUGAACCAGCAGCCCUUCAGCCCACAGAGCUCCAUGCUGCCCACCCUGACAGCAGCCAGCUUACCAGCCAACAACAUUAAAAGUCCACAGAACAACUUGGUUGGCAGCAUGGCCUCCACAAAUACUGGACCUUCUCCACCAUACAGACCAGAAAAGCUGUCAAGCCCAGCUCUGCAUCAGCAGCCCUUCAGUCCUCAAGGUACAUUAAUCUCCAACAUCACUCCAAACAGCAACCCCACAAGUAUGCAGAGCUCCCUUUUUAAAUCAAUGACUACAAACCAGUCCAAAAAUAUGAACAUAAUUAUGCAACAGCCAUCCAGUAGCUUACAGCCAGGUCUGGUGAAUGAGAGCCCUGUUAGCCAAGACCAGUUUUCUUUCAAUCACACCAAACCGCUGUCUCACUUUGCCUCAGAGUCAGCUACUCAAAAGAUGUCACCUCUGUCAGCAGGCCAAGGGCAGCAGUCCCUCAUGCACUAUCUCCAGCAGCAGCAGUCCCCAGCCCCGCAGCCGGCCCAGCAGCCCAGCAACAGCCAGUUUCUCCAGCAGCAGUUUCGGCAGCUGAUGCAGCCCCAUCGGAUGCAGAGACACGUGCAGCCUGCCGCCUUGCCGUCUCAAAGCAGACAGGAUCAAAACACUGGAAUGGUUGCCAGACUUCAGGAGCCGGGCUCCAUCCCAAGCGGAGGCUCUGUGACGGCACCAGCCACGGUGAAUGGGUACACGAUGAGGAACCAUUUACUGAAGCAGCAAAUAAUGAAACGACAGCUGAUGCAGGAAAAGCAGAAACAAAACAUGCUGGGAGUAACAUCUGAGCAGAGGAGUUUAUUUGCAGCUCAGCAAUUAAAUCAGUUCCAAGCUGUGCCGCAGCCCCUUGCCGCUGACUGCAGCCAGGUGAUGCCGGCUCCUCCGCCCAACCACCGCAUGCUGCCAUCGAACCCAGCCAUGCUCCAGAGCUCCUUGGGCUCUGGCAUGGCCCCGGCCACCGCCAGCCAGAGCAGCGGGACCGUGGUGAUGAUUCCACACAACCCUGGCAAGCAGCAGGAGAUUUUUCCACCUAAUUCUGACUUUAACAUCCCACUGCGGCCAAGCCAGAACUCACUGGGCAUGAACUCAGGGUGCCAAACAGUACACAGCCACUCUGCUGUGCGGCCGGGGAUGCCGAUGGCAGGCUUCAGUUCUGGUUCCUUAGCAAAUCACUCUGCAACUCAGCAGCACUUCAGGCAGCCGAGUAUGCCAAGAAUCCCCAACGUCUACCCCAGCUCAUCUGCCCAGAUGUGGACGCCGACCACUGUGCCAAGAAUGCCAAAUCAAAGCCAAAUGGAUGCCAGCAUGCAGCAGUUCUCCGGUAACGCUCUCUUCUCCAAGCAGAGCGUGAGGCCAAGCGCACCGGGUCAGCAGUUCUCCCAGCAGCCUGUCGUGCCGCCUAAUCAGAUCGCUCCCGGCGUCCAGGUCAGACAGAUGCAAAAACUGAGCAUGGGGCAGUCUGGCCAGGGCUUGAGCUCAAUGAGUAAUCAGAACUUGAGACACAAUUUAACCAGAGGACCGUUGCCAGCUAUGAAUGUUAUGAAAUCAAUGCCACAAGGAGUGUCCAGUUUUAACCAGCUCAAUCCUGCCUCAGGCCUUGGCCCGCCCAGCUACCCGGCCGCCGGCCAGCCGCCCGAUGCCUUCCCCAGGAUGAGCACGGCGGCAGAGCUGCCGCAGUAUGACUUUGUGUCCCAGCACAGCGGCUCCGUCAUGCCCACCAACUGCAGCGACACCGACUUCCUCGACUCUCUCAUGAAGAACAGCAGCAGCAACGACGAGGAGUGGUUGAACAAUCUGACAAUGAUAGAUGACAUUUUGGGACAGCACGCUCAAAGCUCCGGGCAUGUUUAGCUCAGAGAGAAGCAGUCUCAUUGUAAAAAACAUACGUGUGACUUUCAAAAAGCAGCAGACAACCCACAAAAGCCGCUGCCUCUUUCAAUACAGAAUGAAGAGACUCAGCCAAUUCUUUGCCUGCAUCAAAGUUUAAUAUUGGCAGUUUUUCAGAUGACUGUAUAUAUUUGAAUAUUUUGUAAAUUAUGUUUUCCUAAACCUUAAAUGUAGAAGUAUUUAUACUUCUUUGCUGGACUGUUUGUAAAUAAAUCUAUAGCAUAACUUUUGGUUUUAUUAUAGUGAUUUCAUUAUACCUUGUUAUAAAUAUGCAAAUAAUAUUGUUAGUUUCAGUAAUACUGUGUAUUACAGCAUAAACUACUUAUGUUUUUGACAUAACACAUGAACUAGGGGUGUCAUUGCAACCAGACUAAGCAGAAAUCAGAUAUGGCAUCUGUUCUCCCAUAUGAAGAGAAAAGAUGGAAAAGUUGCAUAAAAAAAAAAAAAUAAAAUCCAUAAAAAGAGCUGCUGAUUCCCUUGUGGCUCAGUCUUGCAGCCCGAUUCUGGUAUGGAGGUCCCAUCUGGGCUCCUGGUGCAUUCAGAGAUCUGCCCACAGAGAUCCAUUUGCAAUAUCUUGGGCAAGUUCUCAAUUUGAUACACUCCAGUAGGUCGAUUUGACACUGACAAUGUGUCGUCCAUUGUCCUGCAGCGAGUGUGUGCUGGUGAUGUUACAGCUGCUGCCCGGCGCGUGUCUGGGCAUCGCGGGCAGGCGAGCUCUGUGCUGUACGAACUGGGUGAUGCUGGGGCGGAGGCGCUGGGCAGCCCCUGCCAAACCUCCCUGCCGACCGUGCCCUUCCGUGAAAAGGCAGCUCUGGCUUGCACACCUCUGCCAUGUAUAUUUGUAGUGUACAGGUGAUUUGUUCCUGGUUUUAAGGCUUUUCAGAUUUUCUGUUUUCAUGUGAGACUUUUUUUCAGGGGAAAAGUCUAUAAACAUUAAUAGUUAAUUUUUGAUGUUUUUCUGUCAGCUACUGUUGUCCUAUGUAUAUUUAAGAGUCUGUUUAUAAAAGAUUCACUGUACUGUAAACUUCUUAAAAUGUUCAUACUUUGUGUAAUCAUAUUUUAAUAGUCACGUCAUACUUCGCAAUACAUUUGUAAUAUAACGUCAGCUUCAAGCACAGAAUGUUUUUUUCUUCAUACCAUAAUAAACUGCCAGGGGAAAAUUGCA